ACUUGUCAGUCUCUAUUCAUGUGCGGUUCUCAUGCAGUAACCAUAGCAACCCUUGGUGGCAACUAUACAGUCCUAAUAUCAUAGUAAAAGUCUCUCACGAUGCUCAUAUUAGCUGGUGAUUGUAUUGCACUUUUAUUUUGAAUUAUACAUCAAUGCACAAAAUAGCGCUACAUUCGCCUUAUUGUAAGAUUUACGGUCUCACGCAGCUACAAAAGGCCACGAAAGGGCGGGCUUUAAGUAGAUUGAAAGAAACAGUAGCCAAUCGUUGCUUUGGCUAUGAAGGUUAGAGGGUGUUCCCGAAGCUCAUUAUAAUUCCUCUUACUAGGUACGUUCUAAAGGGCCUCCUAUAACGUGUGUUUAGUGUUUUCUUUCUGUGCUGUUGUUUUUUUUAAUUAUAAUUAUAGAUCUGGAAAUCGAAAUAUUCUGCAAAUUUUAAAGAGCCUGAAAGUUGAGACUUAGCCGGCGCUAUAACAUUAUUAGACGCUUAAUACCCUACAUGGUACAUAAUUACGCUUCCGGUCACCAGCUACGCAGAAUCGCAGCGAGUCCGUAGUUUUCCCGGUGCUGAAAUUUCGGUUAUAAUAAUUGAAAGGCACGUGUGUAAUUCUACAGGAUAUUAUUGUACACAGCAUUGCCAGUGGAUGACUUACAGUUUCCUUCGGGCCGAGACGGUUAAUGUCUGCUUCCGAGUCAAUAUCAUCUAUGCGACAGAAUGACCUGCCCUGAAGGGGAGGACAAUGACCGACCCCUGACUUUUGUUUUAACUUUAAUAAUUAGCCCAGUUCCGGGACAUUCGUGAUAGGGCUCAGGAAAGUCGUCUCUUUGAUAUGCGGUGGUAGGACCAUCCCGGCAGGCAGGGGGGAUGGCCAUGAAAGUUCUCAGCUCCAGGUGUGCCUUCUACCUGGGCUUCCUGGUGGGAACCUGCAUGCUGUACUUCCUGCUGCAUCAGACUGGGUUUAAUAAGACCCUCCCCAAGCUGUAUGAUGGUCUGGGAACUACAGCCAAAGCCGUGCCUAAACAGGGGACAGAACGCAAGGACUGGAUGGUGGAGGGAUCUGCCCUUAUCAAUCUGAACCAUCCUCAUCACUCAGGAGAGGACAGCCGGAUUGCAGACGAGCUGUAUAAGAAGGUGCGCAUUUUAUGCUGGGUCAUGACUGGCCCGAGUAACUUGCAGACAAAGGCGCGACAUGUGAAGGCGACCUGGAGCAGGCACUGCAACGUUCUGGUCUUCAUGAGCUCAGUGGAGGACCCGGAUUUCCCCACAGUCGGGCUCAGCACAGGGGAGGGCCGUGACCAGCUGUACUGGAAGACCAUCCAGGCUUUCCACUAUGUGCUGAAGAACCAUGGAGAGGAGGCCGACUGGUUCCUAAAAGCGGACGACGACACCUUUGUCAUAGUGGACAACUUGCGCUGGCUUCUGUCUAACUACACGCCCGAGGAACCCAUCUAUUUUGGCAAGCGCUUCAAGCCAUACUCCAAACAGGGCUACAUGAGUGGUGGAGCAGGCUAUGUGCUCAGCAAGGAGGCUCUCCGCCGAUUUGUGGAAGGCUUCCGAACCAAGGUGUGUACCCACACCUCGUCAGUGGAGGACCUGGCUCUAGGGCAAUGCAUGGAAAAGAUGGGUGUGGCCGCCGGAGAUUCCAGGGACACCCUGCAUCGUGAGACCUUUCACCCAUUCAUACCUGAGAACCAUCUCGUUGGCACGUUCCCCAAGAGCUUCUGGUACUGGAACUACUGCUACUAUCCCAUCGUAGAGGGCCCGCAGUGCUGCUCAGACCUGGCCGUCUCUUUCCACUAUGUGGACGCUGAGAUGAUGUACCUUCUGGAGUAUUACACCUACCACCUGCGGGCCUAUGGGUACAGACACCGCUAUCAGCCCCCGCUGCCUGAGAGCCUGGGUGUGUUGCCGCAGACUGGGGGGGGGAGCGGGCUGGGUAACGAAUUGGGAGUCAGAGGGAAUACCGCAGAACAGGAAGCUGAAUCGAAGGCACGACUGGAGACGGAACCUUCUGGAAACAGGACAGCAGUUCUGGAGAAGCAGUAGUAUUAAUUAGCAGGAGUGAGGUGUGCUUGUACACACAAGGCCUGUCUGGCUUGUGCAUAUAUAAUGUGACGGAAGGUGCACACAACCUGUUAUCGUAUUGGCUUUCUGUUUGACUAUCCCAAAGAUUGCAUUAUACAAUUGUUUACUUUGAACAGUCAGCCCGUUUUACGUCAGUCACAAUCGUUUGUGUAAGGUAGGUGCAUUGUUGUGUAAUAACUAUUAUUGCUUCACUGCUCCUGUUUGGACAUUGGCUUUUGAGUCAAGGCUGAAUUAUGUACAACUAGAAUGACUGAGGCGUGGUUCAUAACGUGUGUUGGUACUUCAUGAAACAGUCAGUGGUUACCUAAUGACCUGUCUAAGUUAAUUACAGUUAUCACAGACUUUCUUUCCUGUGGUACUGUAUAAGGUUAGUGCAUUUUUUUUAUGCUCCUAUUUCAUUUAGUUUGGUAGGUGGCCCCUUUCAGUGCAUGACAUCAAAGCCUGCUCAAGGUGCAAAGUAGGUACGCCUGGUUUGGUUGUGUGCCACCCAUUUCUUGCUCUGCAGGUUGCAUCUGUCAUCGGUUGAAGUUAUGCGCUCGGAAAGCACCAUCUCGUCGGAUAGCUUAACGUUAAGUCUCAGGCUGCCAGUAGAUGGCGCCGUAAAGUGAGGAUGGAGGGGGGGAACAAGCCCAGCCAUCUAAACCACUUACUGGAAAGUGAAAUGAUUUGUGCUGUAUGGGCCCACAUAUGCUUAAUGUGCAAAGGCCCGGCCAUUUUAGAGAAUCCGGUUUUUAGACAUAAAGGAAGGAAAAUAUAAGUAGGUCUAUGAUUCCCAGUUUGUUUUAAUUCAUUUAGGAUGAUGGCAAUUUUACAGGCUCGUUGUGUAUAUAUAUGACAAUUUUUAAUGUAUGUAUAGCAACCUUGUGUUUAAGUUUUGUAUCUUUACUGGAGCGGAAUUCUGAGGGUGCUCACCUGAAUGACAACUGUCUCCAUGGUGGAAGGCCUCACUGGGGUUUUAUGGUGAAACAUCAGGGGAGCGAGAGAUCACUCAAUAUAUUAUGAUUGAUUUGUCAAAGGAUUUUAAUUAUGUACCUGCUUAUUGUCCAAGUAUUGAUCAGUUGUAAUUAAAGUUUGGAUUGGGAUGUUUUUAGUUUUGGUGUUCAUAUACUCAAUGCCCUUCACACCUAAGUGUUGAUUUCUCUCUUCCUCUUUAAAUAAGCAAGAUAUAGGUUUUUUUUUAGUCUGGAUACAGUUUGUAUAUUGCAUUUUUUCAUUUCUCUAGUGUCUCCCGGUGCACUUUUGCUUAAAAUUUAAGUGCAGAUAUCCGAUGCUUACUUUUUUUUUUUGGGGGGGGGUGUUUUUGUCAUCAUAUGUUACAGUAUUGGGAAACAAAGCUCGCUCAGUCAUGUAAUCCACUUCAGAACUUUGAUUAUAUUUCCUUCUUGAAAGCGUAUCCCAUGGACUGAGUGAAUUUUGGAAAUUUUACUCUUCAGUUUGUCUUCAUCUCUAGGUUGAGGUGCAUAUUGCUGAUUUUUAGAUUACCUUCCUAAAGCCAGAGCUUUUAUCACCCAUUACUGUAGUUUUUACAUGUUUUUACUAUUGUACAGCACAACCGCAUUAUACCAUAUGUGAGCUGAAAUCUCAUUGAUGUUGUAUCACGUAGGGGAUCCCUUACCAGGGUUCCACUGGACCACGCAAUGCUGGGAGUUUGUGGAGAGGUAGUUUAAUUUAGAAAAUGAAACUAUAUAUUUGCAUUUUUUUCAUGAGCCCUCAUGUUUGUGCAUUCGGUUCGCAUAUGAAAAAAUGGAAGCCGUUAAAGUUAAAUAUCCUCUCGAUCCCAGCCCCCUUUGAUUUUGUGAACAUCGAAAGGUCGUGAAGCCUUUGUAUGAACAGCAUUCACUUAAUUUUCUUAAUCAUCAAAUUCUGUUUUUUAAAGUUUAUAUGUGAUUUCCCCCCCUUUCUUUUGGAAAGGGUAUUUUUUUUACCCUCUGCUGUUCCAUUAUGUCAUGAAACAGUUAUGUAAAUCAGUUUGGGAGGUGUGUCUCUUUUUUAAACAAUGGUGUCUUUGCCAUCUUCUGUGGAGGCUGAUUGCUGUGAACUAUCACUGUGAAUAAAAAUGUCAUGUUUCAAGUCGAAUUUCAGGACUUGCUGUCCCAAAGACAUACAGUUAGGUUAAUUAUCAUCUCUGUAUUUCCCACAAUGUGUGAGGUCAUUGUAAUGGAGGGACAUUUGUUUGGGGUGUUCUUCUGCAUUUUACCUUGUGAUGCCUGCACUAAGCAAAUGCCUCUUGCGACCUUGUACAGCAGCUGGAGCAUAGAUAAAUGACAUUUGUGUUAAUUUGGUAAGAAGUCACGCUUAUCCAGUUUGGGUUGGUGAUUUUGACUUAACCCUUGUUAUAACCUGUGAUAAUCCAGCAAAUAUUGAAAUCGAGGUAGGAGUUUUGCAAAAAGUUACUGUGGAGUCAAUUAAUUGUCUCAUGUUUAUUUACAAAAAAAACAUAUUGUUGAUGUCUUUAAAAAUUAUAAUGCUCUCUAAACCGCAAAGGCUCUUAUCAAUAAAACUGACAGACUAUAAA